AUGGAUGGAUCUGGCCCUUGGGAGAAGAAGCAGAGGGUCAUUGAAACAGGAGAUGACAAUUACUUGGAUGGGCUGUGUGUGGUUCCCUGGCAGGUGGCCCGAGGGAUGCUCAGGGGGAUCUGGUCUGUUUUUUCUUUUUCUUUUAUUCCAGUUGAAUGGAUUGCUGCAGUCUCCUUAGCUGCUGGAGCAGCUGCUGUUGGGUAUCUAGCUUACAAAAAAUUCCUCUCAAAAGACAAGUGCUGCAAGGCAGUGGUGAAUCCCCAUAUCCAGAAGGAUAACCCCAAGGUAGUCCAUGCAUUUGAUAUGGAAGACCUGGGAGACAAGGCUGUCUACUGUCGUUGUUGGAGAUCUAAGAAGUUCCCGCUGUGUGAUGGCUCUCACACAAAGCACAACGAGGAGACUGGUGACAACGUUGGGCCUCUGAUCAUCAAGAGGAAGGAGGCGUAGAGUGGACAGUAGAAGCUACAAAACCAAUGUCUGACAAAUCCUCUGCUCACUUGUAAUUGGGGGGAAAACCACAAAUUCUUUGUCAUGUCACUGAAGACUUUCCAGUGUAGUAUAUAAAUCAGGCUUCAGCAUGUG